CUCGUAGGCACGUUCCUCGUCGGCAUCGGCGACUCGACGCGCCGCGAGCAUCUGGAGGUGGGCGAUGUGGCGCUCGCGGCGUGUGCAGGCGAGUGGACCGCGUUCUACCCGGACGUGCCGCACUGUGUCACGACCAUCGCCCGCGGGCACCGCGCCGUGCUUGCCUUCAAAGUCUACCGCUCCGACGACGCGGACGCCAGCGCGGAGGUGCCGGGCGAUCCGGAGAUUGCGCGUCGGGUGCAGGGCAUCCUCGACAAGAUCCCGAGCCCAUUCGGCCUCCUGCUCCCGCAUAAGUACUGCAUGGGCACGGAGCGGCUGAGCGGGUUCGAUGCGCUCCUCUACACGUGUCUCCAGAAGCGCGCCGACGCCCGCGUCGACCUGCUCCCGAUCGUGAUAAAA